UUUGCAGAAUACGCACAUGCAAGCACACAUUUGUGGAACGGAUUAGAGCGCAGUGUUGCGUGGAAACCAGGCUUUACAUUGGCAAAGAGCUCGGCGAAUUUAUGCAACCGAAAAUAAGAAAGAACUUGUUUAGAUUUACAUAAGCGCUGGCAGAGCUAGGAGUUGUAAGGGUCAGUCUGCGGGAAUCGACUUUAGUGCAUUGUCGUGCAUUUAAGUGAAUUCAGAAUGUGCGAAAGACAUGUUUUUGUUUACGUUAUGCUGGUUGCUUUCGUCGGUGGUUGCACCGCGAAAUUGGCACCGGACUUCAUCCACCCUUGUAACAACACGGAGCCGGCGUGUCUAAUACAAGCGACUAAAGACGCUAUACCUGAAUUCUCAAAAGGUUUGCCUCACCUUGGAGUGCCCUCGCUGGACCCGUUCAUCAUUGAAGAGCUGCCUAUUCAACUUCCCGGCAUCAAGGUCACUUUCUAUGGCGGCAAGGCUACCGGCUUGAGAAAGUGUGAAGUAUUAAACGUGGAGGCUUAUUUAGAAAAGAACAUGUUCAUGCUGGAAGUUCGAUGCAACAUCACAAUUAAAGGCAAAUACACGGCAGUGGGAAGGUUGCUUCUCUUUCCUAUCAACGGCGAAGGAGAUUCGAAGAUAAAAAUUGUUAACUCAGUAAUAAAGUUGGACAUAAAAACUAAGUAUUUCAAAGACGCUGACAACCGCGACCAUUUUGGAAUCAAGAGCUAUAAGUACACGUUCGAUUACGGCGAACGAAUCUUCUACACCAUCACAAACCUCUUCAAAGGAAAUCCUGAAUUAAGUAACACGGUACUGCAAUUUCUGAACGAAAAUUGGAGGGUGGUGACUGAAGAAUUUGGGAAGCCUGUUGUCGAUUAUGCAAUUAACGUCACAGUACACACAGCUAAGAAAUUCUUUGAUGCUGUACCUUACGACGAAUUACUGAACGUACCUAUUCCAAAAUAUUGAUCUAUCAAUCCUUAGUGUGUAAAGAAAAAGUAUUAUGAAAAUGUUGAGGCUGCUUCGGCUAUUGUAAGUUUCGCUCAUGUAUCAAAUUUACGAUUCCCGUCUUCUAGCAACGUUGAUUGACGGCUUAAAAGAUCAAACAGAAACGAAGAGCUGAAUAUUUCUUAGAGCGAAACUAGAAUACUGAAUUUUGAGAGGGAAUAUUACUAAAUAUAUUUGUAGAUGUAAAUAAGGAUAGUGUAUUAUUAAACUGUUGAAUAUUUUGUCAUCACACUUGUCUUCUAUAAUUUGGAAAUUUAAUGUGCUAUGUGGCGGAAAGGGCAGGCCGAUUAAUUAUUAUGACCAUUGAGAUGUCACGUCAUUGGGUUUAUAUUUCGCUGACUCACUAUUAAAAGGUCCUGUGUUUAUUUUACUUAUGUUUCAAGAUGAGAUACUUUUUUUUAUGUUUAUAAAAAUUAAAUUAAGGUCAGGCGUCCUAUUCCGUCUAAAGGUGCGAAUGCAUGUUUCUGCAAUUACGGGCGU